AUGGACCUUAUGUGGUCAGAGCCACGUCCAUCGUCUGAAAAUGAUUUGAACAUGCCAUUUUCAGAGACUCCUCCACCUUGCUCAAAGUCAGUUCUACCUUCCAUGGAUAUCGAAAAGGAGAAGAAGGAGAACAAAGAACAUGCCUAUGAGUCGGCUCCAUUGCACCUUGCGCUGGAUUCAGGUGAUGAGUCAAAGCCAGAACUCAACCUCAUCAACUGUAUCGAUGCAAAUUUGUCCAUGAACUCCUCAGAAUCUAGUCAUGGAGGAGGACACGGUGAUGCACUGGAGCCCAGGAUAUUCUCAUGCAACUACUGCCAAAGGAAGUUUUAUAGUUCGCAGGCCCUUGGGGGACACCAGAAUGCACAUAAGCGAGAAAGAACUUUGGCAAAAAGAGGACACAAAGCUGGUGCUGCAGUUCCAAUAGAUUUUGCACACAAGUACUCCAGCAUGGCUUCUCUGCCUUUGCAUGGCUCCUAUAACAGGUCACUUGGAAUUCAGGCGCAUUCUAUGAUCAACAAACCCUCUUUUCAAACACAAACACCAUUUUUUGGUUUGUCCCGUUCCCAUGCUCAAAAUGGCUGGCAGAAGCGGCCUUUGUACUCACAACAGGCAACUGGGGCAGAAACUGAGUCACCCUUGGCUGGUGGCAUCCAACGCUUGGGGAAGUUUUCUCCAAGGCUGUUGCCAGAGGGAUUUGGAGGCUACUGGUUGGAUAGUAUUAACCAUUUGAAGACUAAACAAGAGGAGUUGCAGAAGCUUGACUUGUCCCUCAAACUCUAA